AUGGGACGACAGAACAAUCGGUCAACUUCGCCUCGGUCCGGCACCUUUCCGAGAAUAGCGGGAAAUAGUGCCUUCAGUGAGCAUGCCCACCCGGAUGAAGAUUGGACACAGAUAUCAGAUCUCACUGAGAGGCGGCGAAUACAAAAUCGCAUUGCCCAGCGUAAUUAUCGUAAGAAAUUAAAGCAGAGAAUGGAAGAAGAGCGAUCUGCAGACGAAAGUGAUGCUUUUAAAUUAUCGCCUGAGCAACGGCCCCUGCGUUCUCAGACAAAAGCCGAAGAAGCCCAACAUACUAUGAAUUCAACAACACCUUUAGGAACUCACUCCACUUACACGAGUUUCAUGCCAAAUGAUGGCCAUAUUGGGCCGCAUCAAUCGCAGUAUAACCCAAGUUGUCCACCUGAACUAUCGCCAUCGCCUUUCUAUGCAGAACCCUACACAUAUUCACAAUACCAAACAGAACUAUCGCAAUAUUUAAGGCCUCGACCAGAAUCACAGCACGGCCUUUCUAGCUCAGAGCAUCUAGGUGCAAGUCGAGAACUCCCUUUGAACCCUGAGGUUGGCCAUUUUAUCGAUUACCGCAACUACUGCCAGUUUAUAUCUGACGCGAAUAUACCUGUCACCGAGCCGUUAUAUCAACAAGCUGGUUCCCAGCCUUCCAUGCCAGAAAAUUAUGCCUAUCAGCACUAUGACCCGAAUUCAUACCCUUAUUCAACGUCUUCAAGCCAUAGUGGCCAGAAGCACUAUCGGCGGUCCUAA